UUGAAUCCACACGAAUCCAUAACCAUCUUUCAAAACCUCGGAAGUCCGGGACGUGACUGAGAAAGAAAGAGGUUGACGAAGAAGACUCGAAGAACACAGCUCAAAGUGAUGGAGAAAAGAAGGGUCAACGCCAUGGCCAUGGCUUUCUCACCCUGCUUUUCCCCAUUGCUAUUUCUAUUGCUCAUUGUCGGGUGCACUGCAAGGCCCCUCUAUCCACUCCCUAGUAAAGUAGCUGAGGGCACUAGAAAGCCGUUACAAAUUUCUCGUCCAUACAACAUAGCACAUCGAGGUUCAAAUGGAGAGAUUCCUGAAGAAACUGCUCCAGCAUACAUGAGAGCUAUUGAAGAGGGUGCGGACUUCAUUGAAACAGAUAUACUAUCUUCCAAAGAUGGCGUUCUGAUAUGCUUCCACGAUGUUACACUCGAUGCUACUACUGAUAUUUAUCAACACAAGGAGUUCGCCAAUCGUAAAAGGACCUAUGAAGUCCAAGGGACAAACACCACUGGCUUUUUUACUGUUGAUUUCACAAUAAAAGAACUGAGGUCACUGCGGGUGAGACAGAGGUAUCCUUUUCGAGAUCAACAAUAUAAUGGACAAUUUACCAUUAUUACUUUUGAAGAGUACAUUUCGAUUGCACUGGAUGCUCCCAGAGUUGUUGGAAUAUAUCCAGAGAUUAAGAAUCCAGUAUUUAUUAACCAGCAAGUGAAAUGGCCUGGUGGUAAGAGAUUUGAAGACAAGUUUGUGGAGACACUCGAGAAGUAUGGAUACAAGGGUUCAUAUCUGUCAAAAGAGUGGUUGGCACAACCUGUAUUCAUUCAGUCGUUUGCCCCUACGUCACUUAUAUAUGCCUCAAAUCUGACAGGCUUGCCCAAGAUUUUAUUAAUUGAUGAUAUUACUGUUCCAACUCAAGACACUGAUCAGUCAUACUGGGAAAUUACUUCGGAUAAGUACUUUGACUACAUUAGGAAAUAUGUGGUGGGCAUUGGACCUUGGAAGGAUACUGUGGUUCCUGUUAAAGAUAAUUAUUUGCAAACACCUACUGAUCUUGUUGCUCGAGCACACUCCCAUAACCUACAGGUGCACCCAUAUACUUACCGAAAUGAGAACCAGUUCUUACACUAUAACUUUCAUCAAGACCCAUAUCAGGAAUAUGGAUAUUGGAUUAAUAAGAUAGGAGUUGAUGGACUCUUUACGGACUUCACAGGCAGCCUCAAUAAUUAUCAGGAAUGGACCUCUUCUCUUGCUUUAAACGAUAGUGAUGAUAGAGCUUCUAAGCUACUGCAUAAAAUUGCAUUGAUGGUCACUUCCUAUGAAAAGGUAUGAAAAGGCAAGAGUGUACCUAUGAUUAUAUGGCAUCAUCAUUUUUAUAUGAAUUCUCAGUGUACAACAAACAGCAUGGCUUACACUCGGCAAGUCAAGGUCAAUUUUCA